CACUGAGUGAGCCUCCAAAUAUGUGGACCGUCCAGGUUGCUCGUCUUCGGUUUCCGUCUCGUCUGGUCUCACCCAGUUGUUUGUGCUUCUCUGUGUGUGUGUGUGUAGUUGUGUGUUUGUGUAGAAUUAAAUUGAGGAUCGGAACGGGGCGGGGACUUCGAGUUCGAGGAAGUCUCUCUCUGUUUCCUUCGGCUGCUUCUUCUCUCGUGAGCUGGUUCUGCUUUCCUGUCUCGAUGCUGAGACAUCCUACACAAGUCGCAUGAGCCCGGCGCAUCGGAAACCACGCCCACAUGGAGACGUUCAGCUCCCGCAACCUGGCCCUCCAGGCCGAGAAGAAAAUCCUCAGCCGGAUGGCCAGCAAGUCCAUGGCCAACAUGUUCAUCGACGACACCAGCAGCGAGAUCCUUGAUGAGCUCUACCGCAUCUCCAAGGAGUACACCCAGAACCGGGCCGAGUCCCAGAAGGUCCUCAAGAACCUCAUCAAGGUGGCCGUCAAGAUCUCGGUCCUGUACCGCAACAACCGCUUCAGCGAGGAGGAGCUGGGCUGGGCCGAGGCCUUCAAGCAGAAGCUCCACCAAGGCGCCAUGACCGCCAUCAGCUUCCACGAGGUGGACUUCACCUUCGAGAAGGCCGUCCUGGCCGAGAUCCUCCACGAGUGCCGGGAUUUGCUGCUCAAGCUGGUCGAGAAGCACCUGACGCCCAAGUCCCACGGGAGGAUCCGCCACGUCUUUGAUCAUUUCGCCGACCCGGAGCUCCUCGUUCGAGCCUACAGUCCCGGAGAGCCUUACCAACCACGUUUGAAGAAGAUCUGCGACGGGUUGAACCGGUUGAUCGACGAAGGAAGACUGUGAAGCCCAUCUGGAGGAUCAGGACUGAAGAAGUAGAAGAACAGGAGGGAAACAUCCAUGUUUUUUUAAUCGGCCCAGUUCUGUGGGCUGCGGACAACGUAAAACUAUACGCCGACGACAUAGUCUUCAGUUUCGCAAUCUUGAUGGGAGGAACAGCAUCAUCUACAGCAGUGUGUCUUAACCUUACUGAUGCCACGACCUCUUAAUACAGUUCCUCAUGUUGUGGUGAACCCCAACCAUAACAUUAUUUUAGUUCCUGGUAUGUUUGGCUUCAUGAAGAGAGCGAGGGAGAGAGAGAGAAAGAACUGGAACUUUGCUACUGUUCUGAAUCAUAAUGUAAAUAUCUGAGAUGCAAGAUGUAUUUUAAUUCACUGGACCAAAUUUGGUACAAAUUUGAAUACUGGUGGAGUUGGGGGGGAUUGAUUUUGCCAUUUUGGGAGUUGUAGUUGCUGGGAUUUAUAGUUCACCUGCAAUCAAAGAGCAUUCCGAACUCAACCAAUGAUGGAAUUGAACCAAACUUGGCAUAUAUAUUCAAUAUACUCAAAUGUGAACACUGGUGGAGUUUGGGGGAAAUAAACCUUCACAUUUGGGAGUUGUAGUUGCUGGGAUUUAUAGUUCACCUACAAUCAAAGAGCAUUCUGAACUCCACCAAUAAUGGAAUUGAAUCAAAGUUGGCACACAGAACUCCCACGACCAACAGAAAAUACUAGAAAGGUUUGGUGGGCAUCGAAGUUGAGUUUGGGAGUUGUAGUUCACUUACAUCCGGAGAUCACUGUGGACUCAAACAAUGAUGGUUCUAGACCAAACUUGGUAUAUAUACUCAAUAUGCCCAAAUGUAAACACUGGUGGAGUUGGUGGGAAAUAGACCUUGACAUUUGGGAGUUGUAGUUGUAGGAUUUAUAGUUUGCCUACAAUCAAAGAGUAUUAUGAACACCACCAAUGAUAGAAUUGAACUAAACUUCUCACACAGAAGUACCAUUACCAUCAGAAAAUACUGGAAGGGUUUGCUGGGCAUUGACAUCGGGUUUUGGAGUUGUAGUUCACCUACAUCCAGAGAGCACUGUGGACUCAAACAAUGAUGGAUCUGGACCAAACUUGGUAUAUAUACUCAAUAUGCUCAAAUGUAAACAUUGGUGGAGUUGGAGGGAAAUAGUCUUUGACAUUUGGGAGUUGUAGUUGCUGGGAUUUAUAGUUUGCCUACAAUUGGAGAGUAUUAUGUACCCCAUCAAUGAUAGAAUUGAACCAAACUUGGCACACAGAACUCCCAUCACUGAUAGAAAAUACUGGAAGGGUUUGGUGGGCAUUGGCCUUGAGUUUAGGAGUUAUAGUUCACUUACAUCCAGAGAGCACAGUGGACUCAAACAAUGAUGGUUCUGGACAAAACUCGCUAUAUAUAUUCAAUAUGCCCAAAUGUGAACACUGGUGGAGUUUGGGGAAAAUAGACCUUGACAUUUGGGAGUUGUAGUUGCUGGGAUUUAUAGUUCACUUACAACCAGAGAGCAUUCUGAACCCCACCAAUGAUGGAAUUGAACCAAACUUGGCACACAGAACUCCCAUGACUGAUAGAAAAUACUGGAAGGGUUUGGUGGGCAUUGAGCUUGAGUUUGGGAGUUGUAGUUCACUUAUAUCCAGAGAGUGCUGUGGACUCAAACAAUGAUGCGUCUGUUGGACCAAACGUGGCACGGAUACUCAAUAUGCCCAAAUGUGAACACAAGUGAAGUUUGGGGAAAAUAGACCUUGACAUUUGGGAGUUGUAGUUACUGGGAUUUAUAGUUCACCUACAAUCAAAGGGCAUUAUGAACCCCACCAAUGAUAGAACUGAACCAAAUUUGGGACACAGAACUCCCAUGACUGAUAGAAAAUACUGGAAGGGUUUGGUGGGCAUUGGCCUUGAGUUUGGGAGUUGUAGUUCAAUUACAUCCAGAGAGCACUGUGGACUCAAACAAUGAUGCAUCUGAAGUAUACUCAAUAUGCCCAAAUGAACAUUGGUGGGGUUUGGGGAAAAUAGACCUUGACAUUUGUGAGUUGUAGUUGCUGGGAUUUAUAGUUCACCUAUAGUUGCUGGGAUUUAUAGUUCACUUACAACCAAAGAGCAUUAUGAACCCCACCAAUGAUAGAACUGAACCAAACUUGGGACACAGAACUCCCAUCACUGAUAGAAAAUACUGGAAGGGUUUGGUGGGCAUUGACAUUGAGUUUGGGAGCUGUAGUUCACUUAUAUCCAGAGAGCACUGUGGAAACGUAGGGAAAGAUCUGUAGCUGCUAUGAGACUCCCUUCUUGUCCCUUUCCACCAUCCAAGAGCUAGGAAGCAACAAC